UCCCGCCACAGGCACAGCGCACUGCGGUCCGCCCCGCCGCUCUGGCUCAAGAUGCGUUUUGCAGGUGUAGGGCGGGAAGUGCCAGCGGCGCGUGAAGGCGAGGGUCAUUCCCAGUACCCGCCCCCCGGGCUGCAUCCUUCGCAAGAAGGGAAUGGCGGAAGAGGUCUGAGUCCUAUGCCGUUCAGCAGGGAAGCAUGCCUCCGCUCAGCUGUCCGUGCACAAUGAACUCAGUACCUGCCGCCGUGCCUUCUGUCGCCGCUUCUCCCGGGCACCCCGAGCUUCUGGGACCCCUGACGGUGCUCUACGCAGCCCUCGUAGGGAGGGACCCCGCUGUGGCCGGCGGGUGGCUGAGUGGUGAGCGGAGUGGCUGCACUGACUGACGGCGACGGGGAAAUGGAGCGUGUCAGGCCCGGGCAGGCAGCACCGAGCUGUAUUGCUAAGCGAGCCGACCGGGUUGUCUGUGGGAGAAGUAUCAUACGGAAGGAUUCUAGCCAGGUGGUGGACAAUAUGAUGUCGGCAGGGCCUAUUCCAAAUGGAAAUAGAUGCUCAAUUUAAAGUAUUUAAACACUGCGGGCAAACAAGAAAUAUGACACUGCCAGGAUCCUGUCUCCCGAAGAAGCUAUUGGAGAAUUUUGAGGAGCUAGUUGCCACAUUGCCCAAUGGUGCUCGGCCUGGGCCUGAUUUUUAUGGACUGCAGUGGAAGCCUGUGCUUCUCACUGUCUUCUUGGGAAUUGUUUCAUUUGCCAUUUUCUUCUGGAGAACUAUUCUUAUUGUCAAAGAAACAGUAUAUCAAGUUACUGAACAGCAAAUUUCUGAAAAGUUAAAGAACAUGAAGAAAGAAAAUGAAGAACUAGUGCAAACAGUGUCAAAUUUUGAACAGAAGAUCAAGGAAUCAAAGAAACAUGUCCAAGAAAUCAAAAAACAAAAUAUGGUCCUCUCCGACGCAGGAAUGAAAUAUAAGGAUAAAAUUAAGCUACUUGAAGAAAAUAAUGAGAUUCUUGAGGACAGAGCAAAAAGUCUUCAUGUUGUGUUAGAAUCUGAGAGAGAACAGAAUGUCAACAAUGAGGACUUGAUAAUAGAAAAGAAGAACUCUGUAGAGAAGUUAAAGGCUGUUAUUUCAAUGAUUGCUUCAGAAUUUUCCCAGGUUCAAAUUGCUCUUCAUGAAGCUAAGCUUAGUGAAUACAAGGUGAAAUGUGAGUGCCAUCGGGUUCAGGAAGAAAAUGAUCGGCUUAAGAAGAAGAAAGAGCAGUUGCAGCAGGAAAUCCAAGACUGGAGUGAAUCACAUGCUGAGCUCAGUGAGCAAAUAAAAUCAUUUGAGAAGUCCCAGAGAGAUUUAGAAGUAGCUCUUACUCAGAAAGAUGAGAAUAUUAAUGCUUUGACUAAUUAUAUUACACAGCUGAAUCGGAUAGAGCUUGAAUCGGAAUGUGAGGGUCAAAAUGAAGGAGGAGGUGAGUCAGAUGAACCAGGCAAUGGAGAAGUAGGAGGUGAUCAGAGUGAGAAUGUGAAAUAUCGAGUUAAGCAACUGAUGGACGUCUCUUGGAUGGAAACUGCAGUAUCAGUAGUUGAAGAGGAUCUAAAACGUUUACAAGUGAAGCUAAGAGGCUCGAUGAAUGUAAAGUGUAACCUAGAAGACCAAAUAAAGAAAUUAGAAGAUGACCGCAAUUCACUCCAAUCCGCUAAAGCCGGGCUGCAAGAUGAGUGCAAAACUCUGAGUCAGAAAGUGGACAUUUUAAAUGAACUGUACCAGCAGGAGGAGAUGGCUCUGCAUAGGAAACUGAGUCGAGAAGAGUGUGAGAGACAAGAAAGAGCACAGCGGCUGUCAGCUGCAGAUGAAAAGGCAAUUUUGGCUGCACAGGAAGUUAAAACUUACAAGCGGAGAAUUGAAGAAAUGGAGGAAGAAAUACAGAAAGCAGAGCGCUCAUUUAAGAAUCAGAUUGCCACUCAUGAGAAGAAAGCUCAUGAUAACUGGCUCAAAGCCCAUGCAGCGGAAAGAGCUAUAGCUGAAGAGAGAAGGGAAGCUGCUAAUUUGAGACACAAAUUACUGGAAAUGACCCAAAAGAUGGCAUUGGGGCAAGAUGAACCUGUGAUUCUAAAACCAAUGGCGGGAAGAGCAAAGACAAAAAACCCUCCCCCGAGAGGUCCACUGAGCAAGAGUGGGUCUUUUGGCCCAUCCCCUGUGAGUGCUGGAGAACGUUCCCCUCCACUGAUAGGAGAGCCAGCUCGGAGACCUGUCUCUGCCACUCUGAAUGGAAGAGAUAUGGGUAGAGGUGAAUUUGGGUCAAUGGAUGGACCUUUUCCUCAUCCUCGAUGGUCUUCUGAAGCAUCUGGGAAACGCUUUGCCUCUGACCCGGAACGUGGUCCAGCUCCCGUGAACAGCAGCUCCAGGAGCUCUUCUCCAGCCAAGGUGAUGGAUGAGGGCAAGGUUAAUAUGGCUACCAAAGGGCCCCCUCAUUUCCCAGAGGUAUCUCUGAUGGUCUCGCCUGUGGUAGGACCCCUACCAGCACCUGUUCGAUAUGGACUGCCACCUCGGCCACUUCCUGGGCCACUUCCUUGGCCACUUCAACUCGUUGGGCCUUUUGGACCUCCACCAUUUGGUUCUGGUGUGCAUCCACCACUAUGCUUCAGAGAAUAUGCACCAGGCGUUCCACCUGGAAAACGGGAUCUGCCUCUUGACCCUUGGGCAUUUUUACCAGGACCCACACCACUUAGACCUUUAGGUUCAUUUGGUCUGAGAGAGUACUUUAUUCCUGGUACCCAAAUAACACCCCCAAACCAUGGUCCCCAAGACUACUCACCAUCACCUGCUGCAAGAGACUUGACACCUUCAGGCUCUAGAGAUGAGCCUUCAUCUGCCUCUCAGAGCAGUAGCCAGGACUGUUCACAGGCUUUAAAAGAGCCUGUAACUGUGACCUCUGACACUUAGUCAGAAUGUGGACUAUGCACUCUUCAUUGUGUAAAGGGAUUAUUGGCUUUGAAAUCCAAAAGUCUUAAGGGUUUAUUUUUAGAAGUAAGCUGCCUUGGCAGUCUGCAUUUUUGAGCCAAAAAAUUCUAAAGUAUUAUUCCCCUUUUAAAUAAUGGUCACCACUUAAUCUAAUGUAGCCUUCCAACUUUGAAGUGUGCAAUAAGGAAUACCCAUGUUUUAGUUAAUGUAGCAUUUAUAAUUGCUAAAUGAUUUAGAAUGUCAUAAAACAUGAACAUUUCUUGUGGAAAUGCUUUAAGAACAUGUAUUUCCAUUCUCCUAUUUUGAGUGCAGUCCAGUUGAUAGAAAGCAAUGGUUGUUCACAAGCUUGAUGAUUCUGUCUUAAUAUCUGGUCAUAGAUUGUUAUUCUUCAAAUGUUCACUCAACUUAUUUCCUAAACUUAUUUCCCUUCUUGCUGAAGUUCUUUGUAGUGAUAGUAAAUACAAAAUUGUUUAUUAAUAUU